AUGGAGCUGCUGCGCACCCGAGUGUGUGAGUGGCAACCUGUCGGCAUCGACUCACUGGCCAUUGCACCCUCGGGGGCCGGUUCUUCACCCCGCCUCGCGGUCGGCCGAGAGAACGGAGCGCUCGAGCUCUGGGACACCGAGACCUGGCACUUGCGAAGCUCCGCCCCUGGCAACUCUCGGCGGCGACCGAGAAGCCUCGUUUGGGUGCUGGACUCUGCAGAAGGCCCGCCGAAGCUGCGGCUGAUAUCUGCUGGGCUGCACGGCGAAGUCACGGAAUGGGACGUGGAUACGCUGGAGCCGAUCGAAACUUGUUCUCCAGGCGGCGGCGCCAUCUGGGGACUGUCGGUGCAAGGGGAACACCUCUUUGCCGCUUGCGACGAUGGCACAGUCCGCGUUGUGUCUUUGGCGGGUGGAGCAGGGUCGCUGAUGUACACCAAGCGCAUCAGCGUGGCCACCUCCCGUCUCCUUAGCCUGGCAAUUCAGGACAGGGCAGUCUUUGCUGGAGCUGACGGCAAGAUCUCCAAAUGGAGCAUCGAAACUAGCGUGUGCGAAGGAAGCAUGCAAUUGGAGAAGCCUCCACAAGGGCAGACACUGAUUUGGAGCCUGGUAUCUCUCGAGGACCAGAUGCUGGCCAGUGGGGACAGCCUGGGAUUGGUGCAGAUCUGGGACACGGUGGCCUGUGUGCUCCUCCACCGAUUCGCUCAGCACCAGGCCGACGUCCUUGCCUUAGCUGCGAGUGGUGAUGGACGGACGCUCCUCUCUGGCGGCGUUGACGCGAAAAUCUCUGAGUUCGGGCGCCAAAAGGGCAGCCAGGAGAAGCUGCUCGACAUGGGGUUUAGGGUUUAG